GAAUUUGAAACUGGAGCAUGAGCAGGAGAAAAACAAGAUCUUGUCAGAAGCAUUAGAGACACUAGCUACCGAACACCAUGAACUAGAGCAGUCUCUGGUUAAGGGAUCUCCACCUCUCAGCAUCAUCAGUGAAGAGCAGUUCUAUGAUGCUGUUUCAGAUUCGGAAUCUGAAAAAUCAUUAAGUGGAUUUGAAACCACUACAGCCUACUCAUUAGAGGACAGCAUGGAUUCAAAAGAUACAAUAACUUCAAGUAUGUCUGAAGAAAAGGUUUGUGGCAGUGGGGAGUCGCUGUCUAACGGAAUCAAAAAACACAGAACAAGCUUGCCAUCUCCGAUGUUUUCUAGGAAUGACUUCAGUAUCUGGAGUAUCUUAAGAAAAUGCAUUGGAAUGGAGUUGUCGAAGAUCACAAUGCCAGUUAUAUUCAAUGAGCCACUGAGCUUCCUACAGCGCCUUACAGAGUAUAUGGAGCACACAUACCUCAUCCACAAAGCCAGCUCACUUUCCAGCACGACUGAGCGAAUGCAGUGUGUUGCUGCAUUUGCUGUGUCUGCUGUAGCCUCACAGUGGGAACGUACAGGGAAGCCAUUCAACCCAUUGCUUGGGGAGACAUAUGAAUUGAUCAGAGAUGAUCUUGGAUUUAGACUUCUCUCAGAGCAAGUUAGCCAUCAUCCACCAAUCAGUGCUUUCUAUGCUGAAGGUUUAAAUAAUGAUUUUGUGUUUCAUGGAUCAAUUUAUCCUAAACUGAAAUUCUGGGGCAAGAGCGUGGAAGCGGAACCAAAAGGCACAAUGACUUUGGAGCUUCUUGAACACAAUGAAGCCUACACGUGGACAAAUCCUACAUGCUGUGUGCAUAACAUUAUUGUGGGCAAACUUUGGAUUGAGCAGUAUGGAAAUGUGGAAAUAACUAACCAUAAAACUGGUGAGAAAUGUGUCCUAAGCUUCAAGCCCUGCGGCCUCUUUGGGAAGGAGUUGCACAAAGUUGAAGGCUACAUUCAGGACAAAAGCAAAAAGAAACUUUGUGCGCUGUAUGGGAAGUGGACUGAGUGUUUGUACAGUGUUGACCCAGCUACGUUCGAAGCUUACAAAAAAAAUGACAAGAAAAAUGCAGAAGAGAAGAAAAGUGGUAAACAGGUGGGCAAUACUGAGGAACCAGAUGAGAUGCCAUUGCCAGAUUCUGAGAGCGUGUAUGUUAUUCCUGGAAGUAUUUUGCUAUGGAAGAUAACUCCAAGACCUCCAAAUUCAGCACAGAUGUAUAAUUUUACCAGCUUUGCUAUGGCUUUGAAUGAAUUGGACAAAGAAAUGGAGAGCGUCAUCCCCAAAACUGACUGCCGGCUACGACCAGAUAUUAGAGCCAUGGAAAAUGGAGAAAUAGAUCUAGCUAGUGAAGAAAAGAAGAGGCUAGAAGAAAAACAAAGGACUGCCCGCAAAAAUCGUUCAAAGUCAGAGGAAGACUGGAAGACGAGUCACCCAUCAUCCCAGAGUCCCAGAUGGUUCCACCAAGGCCCCAAUCCCUAUACUGGUACGCAGGACUGGCUUUAUUCUGGCAACUACUGGGACAGAAACUACUUUAACUUGCCUGAUAUUUAUUGAAAUGCAAUAAGGAGCCUGUGACUGAUACAAAUAAGUCUUAAUCUGUUUUAAUGUUUUCCCUUGUUUUACUUAUCUUCUGAAAAAAAACUGACAUGUUAUCCAACAGAAUAUUAAGCAUCUCCACAGUAAGUCUGGUGGUACCUGAUCUGCAGUCCCAUAGGUAGGGGAAUCAUUUUUCUGGCUGAUGGUGGGUCCUGUGUGGACAAAGUAAGUCGCCGUGGUUUUGAGCUGCCCUGUUUGCUGAAUACACCUAUAUUAGGUUGUGGUGUAUGAGGAAUAGAACACCUUCUGCUGUUCUGUGAAUACUUUCUUUUGUAGUUAACAUUGGCACAAGUAAAACUGGUUUUAUUUAUUGUGACUUGGGAAUGUUUAAAAGCACACACAGUAAUUGCAAUAUUCUGUUCUUAAAUGAAGAAGGGUGUGUCACUUUUGUAAAGAUGUAAUUUUUCAUAAAGUGACUUUUCUUUUACUAAAGUAACUCCCUUGGAUCCUGAGCUCUGGUCAGAGAUUCCAGAAGCCUUCCCAACUCUGGAGCAUUAAUGCAGUUGUUUAAGCUGGUAACAUUACUCAGAGGUAUUUAUUCCAUGUUUUGUGCAGUGUGUUUUGAAUUUUGCUCUCCUGUUUUGCUACCAACCUUAUGGUUUAAGGAAUUAAGAGCCAUUUAAAUAUCUACAGAUUUGAUUUGAACUGCACACUAGUAACAGGUUUUAAAAGAAUCUGUUCCAUGCACUAGAAAUUCUGGUGCCCAGCACCACUGCAAAAAGACAAGAACCUAAUCAGUCCAGGACCCGGUGGAGCGUGGCGGGAGGGGGACAGGACAUGUGUCUGUACUGUGCAUACUCCUUGGGAGGAAGUCUUGUGCAUUUCAAAGGUAGUGCAGCACCUCAGUGAGGCCUCCUGUGCACAGCUGCUUUACCCCUUUUCAGUGGGGUGCAUUCAAUCUUAGAGUUGUAAGUUUAUAUUGAACUGUGUACAGAGCUUCUAGAGGGCAAGCUGCUCUUUGUACAAUAUUUUAACUGCUGUUUGGAGGUUAGUGUUAAUUGAAUAAUUUAAUUGCUACUAAAUAAAGGCUUCAAAACUUC